AUGCCGUGGAAGCCGCUCACUUCUGUCCUCUUCGCCGUUGCCGUCUACCCCUUCAAAGCCACCCAACCCGACGAUCUGCCGCUGCAGGUUGGAGACUGCCUGUACAUUAUUGAACAGGGUGGUAGCGAUGGUGAAUGGUACCGAGGGUACUUGGUUGGCUUCCCGUCAUUGCUCGCUGGCUUGACCAGCGCGAAGGGAAGACAGCUGGAUGCGAGAGUCUUUACAGGCGUCUUCCCACGAAACUGCGUGGAGGAGCGCGAGGUAAUGGAUGACGGCAAGCAGAAUGGCACAUCCGAUGCGGCGCAUGAGGAUGUGGGUGGGAACGGCAUGGAAAUGCGAGAGCGCAGAAAGAGUCAGGCGGAGUAUGCGCGCAGACUGAGCAGGGCACUGAGUCGAAAACGAAGCAUACACGAUAUCACGAAGAAGGCGCCUACUAGGUUGAUACCAGACGAGCCAGUUCCUCGCCUACCAAAUGCGCCGAAGCCUCCCGCUCCUGUGCCGACUUUGCGAGUGGGCGAUGAGACUGGGUUGUCGGCUCAAGAGCCGCUCGUGGAUGAGAUAGCGUCCUGCUUGCGCGAGUGGCAUGAUGCGCGGCUGCAUGAGCUCAUCCUUGCACGAGGUUACAGCCAGCUGGCGCGCGUCGCAGACCUCAUCAAGCGCGUAGACAUCAGCAGGAAGCAGCUGAUGCACGAUGUGAUGACUCUAAAGGAGCUCAACAAGCUGCGUGAGGAUACCGUGUGGGACCUGGUCGCCGGCAACAAGAUGCUCAGCGACGAGGUCAUUGUGCGUAGCCCGACCGAGAAGGGGCGCAUACUUACAGCAGAGGAUUCGGUGAUUGAAAUGACAAAGCUGCAGGCUAAUAUGAGCAUUCUCGACCGGCCGCCGAAAGCCUCAGUCGACAAACAUAUGCUGUACCAUGUGCUGGUAGACGUGCGUAAUCUAGUUUGUGAGUCAACGGAGGCGGCGACGGUGCAGAUGUACCUGUGCACCAAGGAGUUUGGUGAGAAGCCUAGGCCUUUGAGUGAGAACUACGCUAUCUCUAUACCGCUGCCUCAAGGACCUGCGCAGACACCAGAAGAAGAUACUAAGACUCUAUUCGUCAAUCUUAGCCCCGCCGACAUCGGUCUAGGCUCCGACACAAGCUCACUAUAUGUGGUCUUCAAGUUGCUCAAAGAGGAGCCUGUACGGCAGCAGUUAAGCGGUCAGACAUACUUGGCUAAUCAAGCCAACACAUCCACCUCCACAACCUCGAAUGCGCAGAAGCAUGGUAGUAUGCGAGGUCGGCGAAGCGUCUUUGGAAGCCAGAGGAAGAAGGACGGCCACCAGCGAAACACCUCCGAGUCCACUAGCAGACCUGACACGGCCGCCUCUGAGUUGUCUGAGGCACAGCGUUCGAGCGAGUCGACUUCAGAGCCGCCUGCGUCGGCUGAGAUUAAGACCGUCAAACGCACUGUAGGCGUGGGAGCUAUCGAUAUCGGUUCGCUAGCCCGCAAUCAGUCCGAACUGGAGCGUCACGUCACCAUGUGGUCGCCCUCGCAGCCACAGGACGACAGGGGCGACGAGAAUGAGGACUGGCUUGAGGUCGUCCGCGAACUAAUUCGUAGCCCCACGGGCAGCUUUUCGCGGGUAGAUCUGGUUAAGCGCUUCGACAUCUUCGUGACAGCUUUCGCUUCGGCUGAUUUGGAUGGCCUCGUCCGCAACACGCCAACCUUGCUGCACAAUGUGCACAUGACGGAGAAGCUGGGCUUCAGUGGUGUGCCGUCCCACAAGCGCAGCGAUAUCUACCUCACCCUUACGGAACCUUUAGUCCCACGCAACGCACAUCUUGCACAUUCGAAGUUCGGGAAUGUUCCACUCACGCAACGAUGUCAGUCCAUCCUCGCGAAUCUGCAGCUCACCCUGGAGGUACGUAGGGCGGAUGGCGAGCGCAUCGAUGAUUGCAUCUUCACGGCGUCCAACCACCAAGGCCAUACCGCGUGGCGUACGACAGGCGUCGAACGCGGCGAGGGCUGGAAUCAGACCAUCAAGUUGGCCGUGCCGCCGGAAGAUGUACCAGGAAGUCACAUCGUAAUGAGCAUUGCCGACUCACCAAACUUCCCUUUCGCGCUUGCCUGGGUGCCUCUGUGGGAGGGCGAUGCUUUCGUCCGAGACGGUGACCACUCGGUGGCUCUCUACGUCUACGAUGAGUACUCCUCGAGCAUAGUGGGCGGCAGAGGUGCGUACCUUGCCCUCCCACCAUGGCAGGACAAGCGUGAUACCGCAAGUGCAAAUGCCGCCACUGUCUCCUUGCGGACUUAUCUUUGCAGCACGGAGUACUCGCAGGAUCCGACACUGCUUGGUCUGCUCGAGUGGCGCAAUCUAUACGGCUCAAAGCUUAUCGAACUCCUUGAGCGCUUCGCUUUCGUGCCCGAGAUUGAAAUUGUCAAGCUUCUAAGCGAAGUGUUCGCUGCGCUCUUUGAAGUUCUACAUGAGUAUGCCCAGAACGAAGACUACGAAGAUAUUAUUUUCUACAACUUGGUCGUUGUGCUUAGCAUCGCCCGAGACCGUCGCUUCAACUUGCAUAACGUCAUCGAAGACUACGCACAGACGAGGCAUGACUGGCCAUACGCAAGCAAGUGCCUCAUGUCUGCCUACCAUCGACUGGUGACGAAUCCUUUGGAUCCGGAAGCGUCACGCAAGUUGCGUGCCACCCUUAAGGUGGGUGACUACAUGCUUAAACUCAUCAUCGAGACAAGCAAAAGGCCUCCCCCAAGUCACGACGAAGACGGUAUGGUGAAUGGUGAUGCUAAGGAACGCCAUCCGGAGCUCGUGCACGACCUGCAGAAACUCUUCGUUGCGCUUAUGGCACUCAUGCGCAACCGCAUGCCUGUAUUGCUCGGCACACAGACGCUCGUCAUCCAGCACUUCCAUACUUGGCUGCCAGAACUCGGUUCGCUUAUGGGGCCUACCGACAUCAUGGAGAUUGCGACCAACCUGCUUGACGCAUGCGCUAAUGCACAAGGCAAGAUGAUCCUAUACCGACUGAUUCUGAUUAUCAACUACAGCCAUCUAGACAUCUUCAAGCCAGCCGAGAUCCGUACGACGCUCAUUGCGAACACAUUCCGCUGGCUCGCGCCGUACUGGGGCGAUGCGCCCGAAGUGACUGAGCAGUGGCAUAACCAAGUCCGGCUCUGUUGCAGCGUCGUUGCAGCGCAGAUGGAAGAGUUGGGCGAGGAAAGCUGCCAGUAUGUGCCCAAGCUCGUCGAGUCUUACACUGUACUGCAGAAGGAAACGCGACCGCCAAAGCGAACAUUUAGCAUGCUGUUUCCUACGACCUACCCAUUCCCAUUCAAGUCAACUCCGGUCGAGACGCUCGUCGACGAAGCGAUGCUUGAGAUAUCCGCUUUGCUGGCUGCGGCCCUGAGUAGCCAGAAUCGGCUAUACUUUGAUGCCAACCAAAUCGACAUUCCGGGCGUGCUUCUGCAAGCCUUGAAGGUCGGUCAGAGCGUCCUCGGUUGCGAAGCCUUUCCGCGCAGCUGGUUGAGCUUGCAUGUUAGCCACCAUCGCUUCGCAAUGACCGCGCUCGAAAGAAUAUCCGAGGUGCUUGUUGACACCCUACCGGACGUCUUCGCGCCCGACGAGGCCGAAGCCAUCGAUUUCGACACGGGCAUCUGGCGCACAUUCUUCGACACGCUGUUUGCCGCUGUCAGCAGCUCAGCUCUCGCGAUGGAGACGUUCCCGGAGCAGAAGCGCAGGGCAAUCUGGAAGAUCGCGGGCGAUGUUCGGGAGCUUGGCGCGAACUUGCUUCGAAAGACCUGGACUGCCAUUGGCUGGGAGGUGGACGAGGAUAGCCACAAGCUGCACGGCUUCGAACGUAUGGGUGGUUACCAAGUCCAAUUCGUGCCGGAGCUUAUUGCGCCGAUUGUCGAGCUGUGCCUUAGCGUACAUGCCAGUUUACGAAGUGUGGCAGUUGAGGUUCUGCGAACGAUGAUCAUCAGUACGUGGGAGAUUGAUCAAGAACUCGCAGUGAUCCAAACGGCGAUGAUUGAUUGCCUUGACAAGCUCUGCAGAACUAAGGCAGUCACCGAGUCCUAUCUUCAGAAGGCAUUCGUCGAAGAGAUGCUUGAGCAAUUUCGGCCGCUGCAGCACACUGUCGAGGACAGCCUGUACAACGCGGUCGUGGAGAUGUUCGGUAAAAUCGGAGAUCUACUCGGCAUGUUGGCUAGCGUCCAUCAAGGCGACGGUAUCAAUGAGUCCACGAAGAUCAUGGAUACGCUUCGGUUGAUGGAAUUCCUGAAGGAUCUGCAAAGCGAGGAGGCUUACAUCCGCUACGUGCACCAGCUCACAGAACUACAAGCUGCGGCCGGCAACCAUACCGAGGCCGGGCUGGCACUACGUCUGCACGCCGACCGGUAUCCAUGGGAUCCAUUGACAGAUGUUGAGGAGAUGUCGGAGCCGAAGCUGCCCGCUCAGACGGCAUUUGAGCGGAAAGAGGCUUUAUACUUCGAGGUUUGCCAACACUUUGAGAAGGGUCAGUCAUGGCAACGAGCGCUCGGUGCGUACAAGGAGCUCGCUUUGCAAUAUGAGCUCAACACCUUCGACUUCUCGAAACUUGCGAGAGCACAGCGCGCGAUGGCCAGCAUCCAUGAGCGCAUUGCGAGAGGCGACCGCGUCAGUCCACGCUACUUCCGCGUAGUGUACAGAGGCCUUGGCUUUCCUAUCAGCUUGCGCGAGAAAGAGUAUAUCUUCGAGGGCAAGGCUUCUGACCGCCUCCAGACGUUCGAGGACCGCCUGCACCAAUUCUAUCCGGAGGCGCAGAUCGUUCGCGGUGCCGUGGACAUGGAUGGCGAGGGCCAGUAUUUGCAAGUCUUCGCCGUCAGUCCACACAAAGAUUUGGGUCACAUGGUCUACCAGCGCACCAAGGUAUCGCAAGCGGCGCGGGAACAUGCAAUGUUGUCGAAUCCGCAAAAGUUCACCGUGACGACGCGGCAACCUGCGGUAGAUGUGCCGCUUACAGAGCAGCAGGUGGAGAAGACUAUCUACACUACAGCCGAGCCGUUCCCGACCAUCCUGCGACGAAGUGAGAUCGUAACAACAAAGAACAUGACACUUUCACCGAUUGAGGCUGCCAUCGAGCGUACGACACGGAAGACGCAGGAGCUACUUGCGCUUGCGAAGCGAAUCUCUAGCGGCGAGAGUGAGAAUGCGGUGAUGUCACAGCUCUCUGAGGCGUUACUUCUGUCCGUCGACCCAGACUCCGACACCAGCGUGGCGCGGUACAGGGUCCUUUUGCCUGCUUCUGAAGUGCCCGAGACUAGUUCGGUAGAGGUCGACCCGAAGGUGCCGGAGAAGACAGCCGAUCCACCUUUGAACCAAAUGCAAAGUGCGCUCAAGGUAGCGCUGCUGGAUCAUGCGCUCGCGAUCAGACGUUGCUUGGGCUUGUAUAGCAGGUCAGCCUUCUUGGCAACCAAGCAGCAACUCAUCCCACGCUUCGAAGCAUCCUUUGAGCACGAGCUCGCACAGCUCUUCCCUGGAAGUGCAGGCUUAAUGCUAGAACCCAGUCCGCGUAGCACAAUGAUUGAUCCGGAUCUUCUGGUUGAGCAGCAAGCCCAAGCUGGCGCGCAGGCAGACGGAGCAGCUAACCAGCCAACCUCAGUGGAAGAGCAAGCUCAGCCCGGCCGCCGCCGAUCGUCUUUGCCCUGGCUGCUGAAGCGGAACUCGUCUUCGCGCCUCAACAAGCACCAAGCCAACGGCACAAGCGACGGCAGCGAUAAGGCUGACGAGCGCUCACACUCUCGGCAACGCAGCCGCAGUCGCCUGCGUGAUAACAGUCUUACGCGCAGACUUAGUUUCUUCCGCAAUACCGAGGACAAGCUGCAGGAUAAGGAGGGCGGUGAUGGUAGGCACCUGAAGAAGAGGCUGAGCUUCUUGAAAGGGUCCGGCGGCGCUCAGACGACUGCGACUACAGUGACGAAUGGGGAGCAAUAG